AUGGCAUCACUUCCCACAUCAUCAAAUCAAACCGAAACCUUGUCAAUCUUACCUCGUCAUAUCUCAAUAUAUCUUACAUCCCAAAAUAUAAUUAUCAAACCUGGUCGACUGAAAGAAACCGAACCCGCCAAGGUAGCUAGUUUCGAGUAUCAUCCUCAAUCGGCAUUAGAAGUCAUCGAGAAAUGGAAUGAACCCUCAAGCUCUUUAUCAUCUGAUUCUUCGUUAAUCAAAGCUGAAUUUGAUGGAUUAGUUGGAAUUCUUAAAUUGUUUCAUGAUUCAUAUUUGAUUUUGAUCUCAUCUCAAUCAAUUUCAGGUUCAUUCAAAGCUUUUCAAAAUAAAAAAAUCUAUAACAUAAAACAUGUAAUAGCCUUACCAUUAAAUCAUAGGAAAGCCACGUUAAUCUUAAAAGAUUAUCUUAAGCGGAAAUCUCCAGUCGAUUUCACAUCUCCAUCCAACACGAUCAAUCAAAACCUUUUAGUGGAUCUUCCGAGUGAAAGUGAUGAAAGUUCAGAUCCUGAAACUUCAAGUCCUAGUCCUCCAGAAGCUGAUGAAGAUCCACCACCCGUACUCAUCGACAGUUUAUCUAAAGAUCAUAUUAUUCCUUCUACAGCCUCAGCUCGUAAGAUUAGCUUAGGACGACUUUUUUGGAAACCUAAACCUAAUCGUGCAAGUCGUUCUGUGUCAGUUCAGGUAUCAAAAGAGGACCUUUUAACCGUUCCAGAACAUGAUAAACCAUCAGCUUCAAUUCCAGUCACUCCUUUACUAAGUUCGGAUCCUGUGCCGAACACUCCUAUAACCGUUACAAGCCCAUCUCAAGAAGACUCCAAAGUUGAAAGCAAGACUCAUGACUCAGCUGCUCGUCUAACACUUGAUCUUAAGAUUAUGAAAGAGUUAUGUGCUGAGUUAUCUCAUGGUGGGAUGUAUUACGCCUUAGAUUGGGAUCUCACUCAUCGAUUACAAGCACAAUCGAAAUCUUCUCAAAGAGAGAGUGUAAGCUCUGAUGUGGCUAUAUCAUCAUCUUCCGGUAUAGCAGGAGAUUCAAAACAGACGGAUCAGGAAUUAGCGCAAGAUCCGCAAGCUGCUCAAUAUCUCUAUCAACAAGCCGAUCGAAGAUUUUGGUGGAAUCAUCAUAUGAUUGAACCAUUUAUUCAAGCUGGUUUAAACUCACUUAUAUAUGUGAUCAUACAAGGUUAUGUAGAAUCGACUACCAUUUAUUUCCCGAUUCCAAUCCGAUCCUCAACUUCAAAAGCCACAGAUUCUCAAGUUGAAGUCAACGAUUUACAUCCGAUCGAAUUUGGCAUCAUUUCCAGAAGAUCGAUCGAACGACACGGAUUACGUUAUCAACGUCGUGGGAUCGAUUUGAAUGGUUCGACGGCUAAUUUUGUGGAAACGGAAUGCUUGAUGGGAUCUCAUCUUUUUAAGGAUCCUCAUCAAGAUCAACUUUGGAGUUUUGUACAGAUCAGAGGUAGUAUUCCAUUAUUUUGGAAUCAAACUCCUUGGGCACUUAAACCUCCACCUGUACUUGAAGGAACUCAAAUUGAAAACUUGGAUGCACUUCGAAAACAUUUUAUUACACAAACUCAUCGAUAUGGUGAUAUAUUGAUAGUUUGUUUAGCAGAAAAAACGGGAAACGAAGGUAAAUUGGUUAAUGAAUAUGAACAUCAAGUUGAAGUUCUUAAUCAACAACCCUCCACAACCGAUUUGAGAUCCAACAUUAAAUAUCUUGGAUGGGAUUUUCAUAAAGAAUGUAAAGGAAUGCAUUAUGAAAAGAUAUCUAAUUUGAUGGAUGAAUCAUUAGAUGAAUUACUCAAACAUGGUUAUUUCUCAUCAGAUGGUAAACUUCAAACUGGUGUGAUUAGAACAUCUUGUAUUGAUUGUUUAGAUCGAACAAAUGUAGUUCAAGCUAGGUUUUCAAAAGAAAUCUUAAACCAAUUUCUCAUUCAUCUUGGUUUACCUGAUCAUCCUUCAAAUUCACCAAAUUCAGAUGGUGGAAUGGAUGUUUCGUUUAAUGAGAUGUGGGCCAAUAAUGGUGAUCAGAUUAGUAAACAGUAUGCUGGUACAUCAGCUCUUAAAGGUGAUUUUGUUAGGACCGGUAAGAGGGAUUGGAGAGGGAUCGUCAAUGAUGCUACUAAUUCGGUGGCAAGGAUGUGGCUGAAUUCUAUGACGGAUUUCUUUAAACAGACUGUGCUUGAUUAUGCGCUUGGGGUUAACCAUGCCACUUUUUCACAAUUUCAAGAUAGUUUGAAUGUCACUGAUCCAGGUCAAUUACUUCGACUUUCAAAAGUUAGAUCGAUUGCUAUUGAUACAGCAUCUCAAUAUGUUUUACCUGAAGGAGAAUCUAAAAUAUCUGGUUGGAGUUUAUUAACACCUUUACAACCUAAUACAAAACAAUGUAGUGAAGGACUUAUUGAGCGAGUUGUAUUGUUGAGUAAUAAAGCUAUUUAUGUGGUCAAUUACGAUUAUGGAUUACAAAAAGUAGAAGAGUUUACGAGGAUCGGAUUGGAUGAUAUCAUCAAGAUUCAAAGAGGUGUUUAUAUUACUUCAUGUUUAGAAGAAAGUGAAAAAGAUGAAAAAGAAAAUUAUGGAUUUGUGAUCCAUUACGAUAUGAUGGGGCGAAGCCAGAAAGCGACGGAAUUGGGAAACCAAAGAACAAACGAGUUGAAAGAAACAAUAGUAGAAAGAAUAAUUUCCUUUAAAGUGAUUAGAUCGAGUAGUAGUGAUCAUCAAAAUGAAAAGAGUUGUGAAGAGAUCAGUUUAGAGAUUUUGAAGAUGAUUGAAUCGAUUGAUGUAGAAAGGUUUCAAGAUAAGAUUUUCGUAGAAUGUAUUUUAAGUUUAGAAGAAGUUGAAAAGAUGACAAGUUUAUUGGCACGGGUUACUAGAGGUGUUAGACAUUUGAUUUGGUAA